AUGCUGCUGUGGCUGCUCGCCGUGCCGCUCGCGUGCUCCGGGGCCGGAGUGAAGGUCUUGAAUAUCACCACUUUGGGUCCAGAUCCUCCGACGGUCAAUAGGCUGAACGGGGAGUCGUUCCAGCAAGACGCGCUAGUCACGUUCCAAGGGUGGCAGUAUGCUGUCCAUUACCUUACGGAUGCCGCCAACUCGUCCGUACGCCAUCCAGCGGUUUCGAGGAGACUGCUCCCUGCAGGAGACUGGGACACGCUUACUUUGGACGACUAUAGUCAGACUGAAGAUGAUGGUCAUGAUAUGUGCGCUCCUUCGCUCGCUUAUGUAUUUCACGUCGCUAACCACAGCUCGGUCCCCACGUUAUAG